UCUACCAAAAUAUCGAUCUCUUAGUCUCAGACUCUGGAGGAGUGGAGGAAAGUUCUGAACUUUGAUACAGUUGUGAACACAUCUGUUGAAGCCAUGAUGUGGCCAUUCAUCUUCAGCUGCUUAAUUGCAUGCACAGGAAAGCUUGUGAGCACUUCAUGUUCAUUAGAACUUAGCCCUCCUAGAGUUGUGGUGAGAUUUGGAGACUCCUUUUCAGCCAACUGCACCUCAUCAUCUGACCAGACAGAAGGAAUAGGAUGGGAGUCUCCAUAUGGAGGAGUGGACCUUACCCUGGGUGUUUCUUCUCUUCUCUUUAAAAUUGACUCUGUGCCAGAGUGGGAGAUAGGACCAAUAUGUUAUGUGAAUUCCCGUGAUGGUGAUCAGUGUACAGAAGUGUUACCAGUCACUGUUUAUAAAAUGCCAGACAGUGUGUCUCUGAAGAAUUUAAGUACAGUGGAAGAAGGCCAACAGUUUGCCAUACAGUGUGACGUUGUCAAUGUUGCACCAGCAAGACAUCUCUCUGUGCUUUGGCACAAAGGAAAUUAUAUCAUGAAAUCUGAGAUAUUUGAUGAGUCCAGUCCAUCUCCCGUCAGUAAGUCAUCUGUCCUCACUCUGACUGCUCAUAGAGAUGAUGAUGGAGCUGAGAUCUGGUGUGAAGCAAAGCUGAACUUGUGGCCAGAGGAACAAGGUCCUCCUCCAGUGCGUUCAGAGGCGCAUACUCUGACUGUACUCUACCCACCAACAUUCACCAAUGAUUCAAAUGAGAAUUUGGAAAUGACAGUUGGGAGCAAAAUAUCUUUAAAUUGUACAGCAAGAGGAAAUCCAAUACCAUCCUACCAUUGGGAAUUCCCAAACUUCACACAAGUGUGGAACAGGAGUCAUGAUGUGAAUCAUCCUAUUUUGACUCCAUCAUCUAAGUUUCCAGGGAUCUAUACCUGCACCGCCUCAAACAGCCAGGGCACCGUGACCAAAUACUUCAUCAUCACUGAAGCUCCACGAGAGCUUGUGAGCACUUCAUGUCCGUUAGACAUAACCCCUCCUAGAGUUGUGGUGAGAUUUGGAGACUCCUUAUCAGCCAACUGCACCUCAUCAUCUAACCAGACUGAAGGAAUAGGAUGGGAGUGUUCAUAUGGAGGAGUGGACUUUAUCUACGGUGUUUCUUCUCUUCCCUUUAAAAUUGACUCUGUGCCAGAGUGGGAGAUAGGACCAAUGUGUUAUGUAAAUCUCCAUGAUGAUGAUCAGUGUGUAGAAGUGUUACCAGUCACUGUUUAUAAAAUGCCAGACAGUGUGUCUCUGAAGAAUUUAAGUACAGUGGAAGAAGGCCAACAGUUUGCCAUACAGUGUGACAUUGUUAAUGUUGCACCAGCAAGACAUCUCUCUGUGCUUUGGCACAAAGGAAAUUAUAUCAUGCAAUCUGAGACAUUUGAUGAGUCCAGUCCAUCUCCCGUCAGUAAGUCAUCUGUCCUCACUCUGACUGCUCAUAGAGAUGAUGAUGGAGCUGAGAUCAGGUGUGAAGCAAAGCUGAACUUGUGGCCACAGGAACAAGGUCCUCCUCCAGUGUGUUCAGAGGUGCAUACUCUGACUGUACUCUACCCACCAACAUUCACCAAUGCUUCAAAUGAGAAUUUGGAAAUGACAAUUGGGAGCAAAAUAUCUUUAAAUUGUACAGCUAGAGGAAACCCUGUGCCAUCCUACCACUGGCAAUUCCCAAACUUCACACAAGUGUUGAACAGGAGUCAUGAUGUAAAUCUUCCUAUUUUGACUCCACCAUCUAAGUUUCCAGGGGUCUAUACCUGCACCGCCUCAAACAGCCAGGGCACCGUGACCAAAUACUUCAUCGUCACCGAAGCUCCACGAGAUGAAACAAUCAUCGCAGCAAUAGUCAGACUACUUGUGGCCUUUGGACUCCUGCUCUUUCUUGCUUGUCUAGUUUUUACGACACAUAGAGGCAUAUUUUCAUGCAAGUCGACUAUCUCCAAGGACAACCUACCUCAUCAGUACCAGUGUAAAACAAAUUUGAAUGGGUGCAUGCUUGCUUCAAAGCUGUAGCUGUAAAAUGCACCAUCUUGUCAGCUAUCGCUAAAGCUCCACUAAUCAAGACUGCUGUCCAAACAAACAAAUUUAAUCUAGCAGAAACGUGUUUAACAGCAACACUGUGAGUGUAAACAUGUGUAUGAACACAACAGAUUAAUAAUCAGAUUUCAUCCUCAGCUAUUCAUUUAUUUUAACUUAACUUGGACAGAAACAAGAAGGAACAAAUUUGUCUCUGACUUUCAACUGAAACUUUUUCUAAUUCUAAUUUUAGAAAACCGCUUGUGAUCUUUAUCAUGUCUUUAUACACGCCUGUGUUUUUCUCUCUCAGAAAACAGGAAAUGUGAGAAAUUUUAUUGCAUGUUCACAUCAUUUCAUGUGUGCAAUUUAAUGUAUGAUCCACAUCUUUACAACGUUUAGAUAUUUUUGCAUGUGUAAAUCAGGGAAUGAGCUGACUCGUUUUCUGCACCACAAAACGGAGGAAAGUUUUAUAUUUAAUUUCCUUCUAUGCACACUUGGUGAAAACAUGAUGUGGUUCUUAAUUUUUAACAGUUUCAUUGCACUGAUCGGUAAGUGUGUUUUGUUAAAACUACCAUAAUAUAUUUGUUGUUGUAAUGUUAUCAAAUAAAACUCAUCUUUGGGUACGAUUUUUAA